GCUUUAAAACAUUCUAUUCGUAGGAAAUGUGAAAAAUAAAAAAGUAGUGUAAAAUGAGUGGUUUUUACGACUUUGCGCCCAAUUUUCGGGAUUCGACUGACGGAAAUGGCAACGGUAUGCCUGGCACCCGAAAUAUCCCAAAAUCAUUUAAAAUGUGGCGUUCGACUUCUUUGAGUAAUCUUGUCAGCAAUUCGAAUAAAAACCGAGGCUAUGUGUAUGAAUCGGCCCCUUUUGACAAUAGUAAAUACGCUAGCACCGAGAGUUUGACUACGUUGUCCAGUUAUAAGAGUAAAAAGUCACUUUGGUUACUCAAAGAUCUGGAAAAUUUUUGGGACAGCUGGGAUACGAUCGUGACUAUAAUACUGGUUGCUGCAAAGGAUCUUCCGAGACCACCCAACGAUGGUACUACACAUGAAUUGUAUGGUAAAUUUAGGUUGGGGUCAGAGACAUUCAGAUCAAAGUCCGUCCUCCAUACCCGCCGGCCGGAGUGGCGCGAACGAUUCAAAUUGCAUUUACACAAGGACCAUUCACUAAAACUUACAUUAUGGGAUAGAGGACGACAGAAGAUUUUUAUGGGCAGUUGUGCGUUAGAUUUGUCCAAGUUGGAAAAGGAACGCACUCACGAUAUUUGGCAAGAUUUGGACGAUGGCUACGGUUCCGUACAUUUGUCAGUGACAAUGUGCGUUGUCCGCUAUUUGCCCACAGCAUCGAAAACUAUAAAGACUGACUUACAACAUGAGCAGUCUCUCGUAGAUUGGAACAGCGACUGGAGACUGGUAGGUUGUCUGAAGGUGAAGGUGAUCCGAGCUAAAGGUCUAAGCGGGAAGCCUAGCGCGUACUGCACGCUGGAGCUGGAUAAUGAACGACUGCAGACGCACACCGCCAGCUCCGGACCAGAACCAGUCUGGGAUAAGAGCUAUGUAUUUAAUGUGUACGACGUGACUUCGGUCCUUACAUUAAAGAUAUACAGUAGUUCGUUGACGAAUGCCUUCCUGACUGAACUCCUGGGUCAAGUAUCGAUUCCAUUGCUCAAGAUAACGAAUGGUGAAACUCGAUGGUACGCUUUGAAAAAUCGAAACAAUCGUAACGUAGCUAAAGGAAAUUAUCCAAGAAUUUUAUUAAGAAUGAAUGUAACAUGGAAUCCGAUCAAAGCAACACUACGACUAUUCCAGCCAAAGGAAGUAAAAUAUAUAGAAGCACCACCGAAAUGGGAUAUAUUACUUCUAAUGAGAAAUCUGCCCAUUUUCGUGGAUUAUUUCCAUAGUAUUUUGUACUUUAAUGAAAUAUUUAAGAGGUUAUUUGAAUGGAAUAACAGAGAAAUGUCGGCUAUUGCAUUAUUUUUUUGGUUAAUGCUAUGUUAUCACCUGACACCGUCUGCAGUUCCGCUUAUGUUAUUGUUAGUUUUCAUCUUCUUAAGAAUUUAUACGUGGAUACAAGGUAACAAUUAUUUUAUCGAUUGUGAAGAGGAAAUCGAACCUGAGAACAAUUCAAAUAACAAUCAAAAGGACAAUAAAGGAUUGACUUAUAAAAUAAAUGACAUGCAAGAAAUAAUUAUAACUGUAUCAAACGUACUAGCACUUAUUGUAUCAUUAGUGGAAAGAUUAAAAAACUUAAUUACAUUCCAAGUACCAUUCUUAAGUUACGUUGUGAUGUCAAUAUUGGCUUUACUAUCUCUGAUGUUGUAUUUUCUACCUUUCAAUUAUUUGCUUAUGUUAUUUGGUAUUUAUAAAUUCAUGAGGAAGUACUUAAACCCAGAUAGAAUAUUAAAUAACGAUUUAGUUGAUUUUAUAUCAAGGAUACCCGACGACAGAAUAUUGAAAGACUGGAAGGAAUUGAAUGUCCCCGAACCAGUGAUUUGAAAGGAAAAAGGCAAGAUCCGGCGAUACUAACACUUGGCUAAUGUUUGACAAUUUAUUUCUGUUUUUUUUAUGGUCAUAAUAGAAAAAUGUUUUUUUAAUUUUAUAUAUAUCUUUUCUUUGUUAAUU